AUGCCACGAUUUUGCGAGUCUCAAGUGCGUCCCACGGCAGUCCAGCAGCCAAUUGAUUCCCGCCAUGUGGCUGAGAAUCAGUGGCUUGACGAGCAAAUAGUGCCGCCCGUGAUUCCCUGGUACGCGCGGCACCUCCUCCUGCCGUCGCGCGCGGCGGGAUUUGCGGUCGGGCAGAUGCCGGAAGGAGUGGACGCGGAAAGAGUGGAACUUCGAGACGGGCAGCUGAACGGGCAACCAAACGGGCAGGUGAACGGGCAGGAAGCUGCGGAGAAAAAACAUCAGCAGCGGCAGCAUCAAUGGCCGGACCUCUGGCAGCCAGACCAUGGCGAAGCGCAUUUAGUAGACAGCAGCGGGAAGCGGUUGCUCGAGCCGCGCGCUCUACUAGUAGACGCGUUUGGAACGUUGGUCGAAACGGCGGAGGAGGAGACUAUGGUGUACGCUUCUAUCGGGCAGAAAUUUGGCGUGGAGAUUAGUCCGGAGGAGAUUGGGAGGCGGUACGAAGUCGCUUACAGGAAGCCAUGGCUACAAUCGAAGCUCAGGUACGAAGGCGACGCGCUUCCCUUCUGGCAUCACAUCAUCUCCGAAUCAACUGGCUGCUCCAAUCCCAGCUACGCCCAAGAACUCCACGGCUACUACAUAAAAAAGCACGCGUGGCGAUUCACCGACCCGAACGCGCGCGAAGCUUUCGCCGCGAUUCGUCGCGCCGGGAUCAAGAUCGCGCUCGUGUCGAAUUUCGACACGAGGCUCCGGGACCUGCUCCGCGCGCUCGACUGCUACGAUUGGUUCGACGCCGUCGCGGUUUCGGCAGAAGUGGAGGCGGAAAAGCCGAGCUCGGAGAUUUUCCAUGCGGCGUGUGACAUGCUGGGGGUGUUGCCGCAUGAGGCGGUGCAUGUGGGGGACAGCCGGAAUAAGGACGUGGCGGGGGCAAGGAGGGCCGGGUGCGGGGCAGCGUGGCUUUGGAAUGAAGACGUGCAUUCGUUCACAGAGGCGGUGCAUGUGGGGGACAGCCGGAAUAAGGACGUGGGGGGGGCAAGGAGGGCCGGGUGCGGGGCAGCGUGGCUUUGGAAUGAAGACGUGCAUUCGUUCACAGAGGUAGCACAGCGGUUGGGAGUUUCGAUCCCUGCUGCAUCACCGGAGGCUGAGCUCAUUCGCUUCCCUUGA